AUGACUACCGAACAAACUUGGGAAGAGAUUGCUGAAUGGGAAUACGAAGAAGAAGACAUUGAACUUGCUAAACACAUCACUGUACACUCUAUUCCAAAUCCUGUUUCAAUUGAUGUAGAAGACAAUAAUAUCAAUGAAGUAGAAGACGACAACGACGAGGCUGCAAAGAGAAUGGUGGCACAGAACGAAAUAGCAGCUUCUGACUCCAAAGUUCCUUCUGCCACUAUUAACUUCGAAGACGACGAGGUGGAUGACGAAGCAUCCAAUCUUCAUCUUAUCAAUGAAUCUCCGGGUGCUCGUUCAGCUGCGCGUCGUGCAAAUGCUCAUGCCCAUAAGCUACAAGCCAAACGACUUCAAGCUCAGUUAGUUAGCAACACCGAAUUGGAAUUCUGGGAGAAUUCUGCACGUGGUGACACAAAUCGUAAUCCUGAAUUUGUGAAAUCAAAAAUUUGUAAGAAAGCUAUGAAGUACAAUAAAGGCGUCAAAAAGGAUAGAAAAGGAUUAGAAAAAUUUAAAACUGAAGUUUGGUAA